UACGCCUCCUGCCUGCUGCCUGGCGCGGGGGCGCGGGCCGAGAUCGAGGCGCUGGACGCUAGCCUGGAGGACCUGCUCACCAGGGUGGACGAGUUUGUGGGCAUGCUGGACAUGCUGCGCGGCGACUCCUCUCACGUAGUCGGCGAGGGCGUGCCUCUCAUUUACGCCAAGGCCACCGAGAUGCGGCGAGUCUACAGCAAGAUCGACCGGCUGGAGGCCUUUGUGGGCAUGGUCAGCGCCAGCGUAGCCAGGCUGGAGGAGCAGGUCGCCAGGGCUGAGGCCGAGCUGGGGACGUUCCCCAGUACGUUCAGGAAACUGCUGCACACGAUUAACGUUCCCUCGUUUUUCCACAAGGCGCCCUCCGGCAGGUCCCAACUGACCGGCUACGAACCCCCCGUCGUCUUUCGGACAGAAGACCAUUUUCCCUGUUGUAGCGAAAGACAUCAGGUCUGAGUCUGUCGGACAGCGCUACAAGAGGACAGGUCUGAAAUUAUCUCGGCUGUUAAUCAGAUCAGUUGAAAUUCCUGUUACCGGACACCUCUGAUGUUGGAGUAUGAAAUUGUAAAGUUUAUUUUUUGCACACUUGAUUGCUCACUCACCUCAUCAUUUCACGUGGAAUGUGUGGUUUUCUAUGUCUUCCAGUUCAAACUUGAAACACGAAAGCUGCUUGGUGGGGGAAACCCGGAAGCAAAAUGUAUGAACUUACCUGCACACUGUGGCAGAACUGUCAUUUUUAGGCAUUUUACAGCUCAACUAACAGUAUUACCUUUUCAACAUUUGUAUAUUUGCAAUACUCUUAGGAAAACUACUGAGCCCUUAAAGCCUUGUUAACUGGAGCCUAACAAAUUAUUGACCAGAGACGUAUUCAUACGUCUUUUGUUAACCAGACUAUCGCCUGGAGACGGUUCGAUAUUCUCUUAUAGAACAAAUCAACGGCCGCAGCUGUUCCUUCCUGCAAAAAUCUCCCAAUCAACAAGUGCUGAUAGUGACUCAGAUUUCUAUAGCAUACUUCAGGGUAGGUUGUAAAUUAUUUUAAAUUAUAUUAAACUUUCCAUAUGAUGGAUUGUAAACCAAAGGAAAUUAUACAAUAUUUGAAAAAAUGUUUUUAUUGCAACUCAUUCUGAAGUUGUAUUUGAAAGUAUAAUUCUAGUCUUAAUUUGUCCGUGCGUUUGGUUUGUAAUUUAAAAAUUAAUAAAAAGUUUAAAUUUUAUUGGAAAAGCUUUCUGUCUGAAAA